AUGACUACAAUUACCAAUCUUUGUCCGCCAAUUCUUCCCGCAAAAUCUAUUCCUCAUCUUAACCUCAUUUCUUGGUCUUCGUUAGCCUGUAAUCCCAUCCAUUUUGGGAGCAAGAAAAGAGAGCCGAGGUUGCCAUCAGUUGCUUCGGUCUCCUGCCCGCCUCUAGAUGCAGGGUAUUUAGAGAAUGAGUUUGGCAGCCAGGGGAAUGGAGUCUCUUUUUCCAAUCUAGGUGACGAUUGCAUUGUGAAAAUGGAAAUGGAAAACGGGAGUGUGGCUCGUCUUAUGCUUCCAGGUGGGCUCAUCACUUCCUACAAAGCCUCCAUGUGGCAUGGAGGAACCAUGGAGUUACUGCACACCUCUGUCUCGGAAGGGGACAACGGCGAAGCAGCAGCUAUCCGAGGAGGAGUUUCGUUAGACUUCAAGUGCAAUGUUGACGGCGUUGUCUGGUCUCCAAAUACUUGGCUUCUCCAAGGAGUCAAAGGAAAUCCUCAGGAUUCCAUUCAGGUCGAACUGAUCUGCCAAAAUGCGGCUAGCAAUAUUGAAUUUAAACAUAUCAUCAGGCUAACAGAAGACCUGUUGCGGUCUGAAAUCGUGGUAUCCAACACUAGCGAUUCAUCAUCCUGCACAUUCGAGGGUGCAAUUUUAAGCCAUCUGACAGUGAGCACACCCGAAGCAACAUACGCCAUUGGACUCGAAGGAUCAGAUUUUAGUAGCAGGCAUCCUGUUUCCUCAGAUUAUAGCCUGGUUCACCCCAGCUUUGGCAAUACCGGAUCAAGCAAACAAAAGGGAUUCCUGAAUAAUCUCUUAGCCAGCUGGGCGGCAAAAGGCAACAGACAACAUGGUGAUGAGACAAUUAAAGAAGAAACAACGGAGGGAGAAGAAGAGGAAAACUACAAAAGUCUGCAGGAAGAAAUGAGCAGGAUUUACACCAGCUCACCUCGCUCCUUCACAGUUCUUGACAGGGGUAGGAGAAACUCAGUGCAAUUGGGAAGAGAAGGUUUCAAAGAACUAUACCUGUUUAGUCCAGGAUCCAGCCAUGAAUGGUACGGCGACUAUGCUUAUGUAUGUGUAGGACAAGCAGCUCUGCUCCAACCAAUAACCUUGAACGCUCAAAGCCAAUGGAAAGGCAAGCAGCAGAUAUGCAAUCCAAACUUAUGA